GCGAACACUGCAUUGACACUUGAAACUAUUUCAUCAAGUGUCACAAUCCGCAUUUUUGUACACACGGUACCGUGUUUCAUAUAAAUUGUGGAAAAUUACAACUUUUUAAUGAAUUUAAAGUUAAGAAAAGUUAUUAAACACAGAACACACACAUUACUGAAAUUAAUACCUCACAUUUACGAUAUAGAAGCUGAAAAUCAUGUCGCGUGUAACCAAACGUAAACAUGUCAUGAAAGAAAUGCUGGCCGAUGAUUUUGAACAUCCUUCCAACAAUCAACAAAUUGCCAAGGUGCUGAGCAGCAAAGGUAACAAUUUGCAUGAGGUCGAACCGAGCGUUGGCGACGAACCGUUUCUAGUGUCGAUGCCGACAAAAUUCCGGAAAAACGUCUGGAUCAAACGGGGUGAUUUUGUCAUCAUCGAACCAAUCGAAGAAGGUGAUAAGGUGAAGGCAGAAAUUGUACGCAUUCUGACUCCGCAGCACAUCAAAGAAUUUAGAAAGGAUGGCAUUUGGCCGAAUAAAUUUUCUGGUGAUAAAGAAAAGGAGGCUGCUGCUGUUACUACACAUAGUGAAAGUGACGAUGGUGAGGAUGACGAUGAUGAUGAUGAUGAUGGGCUCGUGCCGAAUAUGAAUCGGAAGCCAAAUGUAUAUGAAAGUAGCGAGUCAGAUGAAGAUAGCGAUGAAGACUGAUACAUAAGGUGCUGUAUAUUUUUAGGAAAUACAUUAAAUUUUGGUCAAAUCAA